AUGAUAUCAACUAACAGCGCUGUAGCUCCCGUCACACCUGCCCACUUGAUCCAAUUCUACUCUGUAGUUCCACUGGAGAGGAAACUGGACGUGCUCUGGGCCUUCCUACAGAGUCAUUGCAAGAAGAAGAUAAUCGUUUUCUUCUCGACACAGAAACAGGUACGCUUCGUGCAUGACCUGCUACUUCAAAUCCGCCCAUUUUUCAGCGUCAUGCAGUUACGUGGGAAUAUGCUGCAGAGCAAACGUUUUAAAAUCUACGAGAAGUUCUCCCAAACCCCUCGCGGAGCCGUUCUUCUGGCCACAAAUGUCGCCGAACGCGGUCUCGACUUCCCGGAGGUGCACUGGGUCGUGCAGUACGACUGCCCAAAACAGCUUGACGACUACAUACACCGUGUUGGCAGGACCGCGAGAGCAGAACGCAUUGGUCGCGCGAUUACCUUCCUUCUUCCCUCCGAAAUCAAACUGGUUGAUUUGCUUGCUCAGCGCAAUCUCACUCUGAGGCAACAACAGAUUCCAGAGUCGCGUAUAAAGCCUGUGAUCUCCAACCGCGCCCCACUUCUGCUCGCUAGCCAACCGGAGUUGGCGGCUUCCGCGCGUUCAGCCUUCACUGCCUACCUUCGGGAUUACUGUUUCACACGCAAGCAGUCCAAUGCCUCCAAUCGAGCAUCGGACAUGAGCUUGGUCUUUCAACCCACAGAGUUGCCGAUCGCCAAAUUUGCUGCCUCACUGGGUAGGUCUGGUGUGAGUCUACGUCUACUUCAAUGUUGCACGCAACACAAACAGUUCAGAAAGAGAGAAGAUUCGCUCGCGGAAGCAAGGACUUCGACGGCCUGUCGUUUCGGGUUCUCGUUCGAAUUCAUCAUCAGAGACAGUCACAGAUAA